GCAUGAGUCCCAGCACGCAUUUCUCACUGAGAAAAUAACAAGGAGAGAAAUUAAUACAAUUCUGAUUCUUUGGGACGCACACAAAAAUACUUCUUCGGACUGGAUAUGAAUCUAGCAGGUGUUUGAAUUUACAAAUAUAGAUAUCUAGCAAUAGCAACCUGAGACCCACCUGCAGGAUUCUGUUUCAUAUCCUCCUCUCUCUGAUCAAGGUGGAACUCUUAAAAUAUACAUUAGACUAUAUUAAAUACUUACAUGGAUUCAUACAUGCAUUUCAGAUUAAAGUAUAAAUAUUUAUAUUGAAAUGCAGCUUUGUACAGGUUUCUGUGUCAAGCCUCUUCCCUUGAUUUUUGUUAAAAACAGAAAAAUAAAAAAAUCAUCCAUCCCCAUCCCAUCCAUGAACUUGACUACCCCGCAUUACAAGACAGAUUAAUCAAAGGUGGGGGGGAAGGGGAAAAUGUGUAGCAGCCUUUUAUUCAACUGUUGGAAACAUACCAUUGGUGCGGGUAAAACCUGUCUUUGUGAUGUCACCACUGCUAGAGAAACCACCUGUUAACAAAAGUAAAGAUCACAUUUGACAUCAGAAGAGCAUGGGAGGUUGAAAGAGAAAUCAAGAUCAAGCUUGGCUGGGUCAUCACAGCAGAUCAAUUCACAUACGAACGCCAGAGACUGUUCCAUCGUCAAUCUACAAAAAUGUCUCAGGCAGUUGACUGGCUAAACAGCCAGACAAGCAUGUGUAAAGUAGACCUUUACAACCCAGAAGGACAAAAGGACCAGGACCAUAAAGUGAUCUGUUUUGUUGAUGUCUCAAGCCUGAAUGUGAAAGACAAUGAUCCAAAGGCAAAGAAAGCUGCAAGCCAGUUCAGCAACAUCUCUGACCACUCAAACGAAAUUGAUCUGGAGGAAAAGGAGGUCAUCGUAGUAAAGGACAAUUUGAAUCACGAUCAUUCUAAGACUCAAGGAACAGUUUGUCUCUUUAAGCAAGGUUCAACUGAUGAACUUAGUGUUGUAAGCUGGCUUAACAACGACCUUCAGAAAUAUGCAGCUGGAUUCCAACAUGCACUGACCCCAUCAGAUAACCCUCAGAAGCACACAGGUAGCAACACUUCCAUUAAUCCAUCACUGCCUAAGAAGAUGGCCCAGGACAGUGACACAUCUCUGCAGUUUGCUGGUGUUCGAAAAGGAAGCAAAUAUCCGGAUGAUAUUUCAUGCUACAUAAAUAAGCUGUGCUCACUAGUUAUCCACUUGGCACGUAAAGAGAUUACAGAUAAGAUAGAAGACACAGCCUUUAAGCCUCCGCAACAGGCAGUUCAUAACUCUUCUGGUGAAGUGAAAAACAGUAAUCCCCAUUCUUCUGGGAACAAUCCUGCAGAGACGGUGAAUGAAUCCCCUCAGGCAACUACACCAACCCCCCACGGAAAGCUACCAGUCCCCAAGGCACCUCAAGAGAAGGCUACCAAGAAACAAGAUAAUCCAGGUGACAAGAAAACAUCACUUUUCUAUGGUGAGCUGUCCAGUCAAAAAAGCUGCAAUGAAGGAGAAACAUCUUCAAAUACGCAACUGUGUCAGCAGAACAAAUACUCCAGGCAAGAUGAUUCGGGUACUUCUGUCAGCAAAGGGCUAAUGGUUUAUGCAAACAAGGUUGCUUCAGACAUGGUGUUCUCAUUCUUGCAGACCAUGAAAGUUGAAAAGACGGGCAACAAGCACGUUCCAGCUUGCCUGGUUUUGAAGAAAGUAGUUCUCAAACACGCCAGAGAUGUUAUAUCAGACUUGAUAGAUUCAGCAAUGAAAAAUCUGCAUCGUGUUACAGGUGAGCUCAUGACAGACUCUGGCUUUGUUGCCACAGUGAAGAAAAAUCUAUUCAGUAUGGGAAGCCAGAAGUCAACUGAAAUUUUGGAAGCUAUGGUAAGAAGGCUUUAUAAUGUCCUUUUAUCAGAGCCAGAGAAGUCCAGGACUCAAAGUCUAGCAUAUACCAUACUGAAAGCAGGGCUCCCACCAGACUCAAAGUCUCAAAGCAUGCAGUUUGCAGCAAUGAAAAGUCAAACCGAGGGAAAAAAUAAGGAAAAAGGUAAUCCACUGAUGCAGACCUGUGCUGAGAGAAUAAGUGAGCACACACUCAAGGAAGGAGUCACAAGGCUGUAUACAAAAACUACUUGCACAGCUCCAGAUAAGGCAAAAGGGAGUCAAGAAAAAAAUCCAGAAACAACCAGCAACUCAACAGAAUCCCUAGCAAAAGACCUCAUUUUGACUUCCUUAACAUUAAUACAACAGCACCUAUUACAACAGACAAGCAAAACAACAGGCAAAGAGUGUAGUGAAUCAGGUGCCGCUUCGUUUGGGUAUGUCUCCCGCGAUGCACAUUUCGAAAAGGCUGGGAACAGCCAAAGUUCCAAGUCCCUUGCGGAGGCUUCUGGGUCGAGGCCGGCAGGGACAAGGAACGAUUACCAACAGCACCUCAACUCCCAGAUGGGAGACAUAUCAAGUAUCCUCUUGUCCAUCAUACAGAAGGUCUUGCACGAAGCUGGAUUCAAUAGUGAAGACAGCUCCAGCGAAACAAACAAGAGCUUAAAGCAUACCCCUGCCAGCGAAUGGGAGCCUGGCAAACAGGUCGUAGCCAAUCAUCCUAAUUCAGCCAUGGAGCAGUCCGACAACAUGGAUCAGGUCAAUAAGCAAUUUAUUGACCAACUGGUGGAAACUGCAAUGAAGCUGUGUCUCUUCAUGGUCAAAGGAAGUGGCACUGACUUAGCUAUAGGUGACUCGUCAGAGGAACCCAGUGCAUUUGAUACCUCAUCUGCAAAAGCUCAAGGAACACCCAUUUUAGCUUCCCUACCAAAACAGAACGGUAACCCACUUACAGAUUCAUCCUCGGGUUCUCAAGUGAUAGUGACCAACCAGAAUGCCAACAACAACUCACAAAACAAAGAGCUUCAGGCCAUCCUCCAGUGGGUGGUUGCUUCCCAGUACAAUGUGCCAAAUCUGUCAUUUAUGCAUGGAAAUGAGGAGGAUCUGAAGAAGCUUCCUUUGCUAGCCGAAAAAGUGACCAAGAAGGGCUACAGCGUGGGGGAUAUUCUCCAGGAAGUGAUGAGGUACUUAGAAAAACAACAGUUUGAUGCCGCUGUGGGAAAUGUAACUCGCUGUGGACUACUGGACUGGUUGAUCAAUAACCUCUAAGAACGCACUGACUCUCCCUCCCUCGAAAGUCACUCUGACCCAGCCAAAGUCCCCAAACCAGCUCUCUUCUGGCACAACAAACACAUGUUUGCAAGAGACAGCUCUCCAUUGAAUUCAAUAGGCUGUCAUACACAAGCUGGGCAAGAUCAUCAAUAAAAAAAAAAAAAGAAAAAAAAAGAAAGGACUACUUUAUUAAGCAUUUCAGCAGAGCUGAAAAAAAUAACUAUGCAACUACUAGUUAGAGGAAUAAACCUGUUACCAAACAGGUAUAUAUGAAAAUCUGCAUUGUGGGAUUAGAAGGAUAAACAGAUAGGAGGCAUAAGUGAGGGACUAGGAUGACUCCACCCUAGGUCAAAAGACUUCCUAGGAAAGGACAGGCAUUGUGAUUUUGUGACGGUACAGUCUUUGAACACUGCUUUGAGAUUUUUUCCACAUCCACCUCUACCUAGUAGGUGUGUA